AUGGCUUGGAAAGUCAGAGUGGGCCUCCUGGCUCUUCUCCUGGUGUCCUUCACAAAGGCUGAGGAUGCUGAUCUGUCGGUUUCUGAGAUCAUUGAGAAAGCCAACAGAAACCUUGUACGUGGGGCUGAUGAGCCUUUGGUGAUUGAUGACAUCGCCUACGGUUUGGAUGGCAGGAAUGCUGACCCCUGCACCUCCGCCGCCUGCAUGUGGCCAAAGUCCGGGGACGGGAACAUCUACGUGCCCUACACCAUCCACGACCACUACUCUGAGCGUGAGGAAGCUGUGAUUCUGCGUGCAUUCCAGUCCAUCAAAGAUGAGUCGUGCAUCCGAUUCGUCGAGAGGACAACACAGAAAGAUUACAUCCACAUCCUGUCCCUCAGCGGAUGUUAUUCCCAUGUGGGCCGUCGCGGUGGUGAGCAGACCCUCUCUCUGAACCGCAUGGGCUGCGUCUACCACCACACUGUCCAGCACGAGCUGCUCCACGCCCUGGGCUUCAACCAUGAGCAGACACGCAGCGACCGCGACAACCACAUCAAAAUCCUCUAUGAGAACAUCAAUCCAAUAAUGUCAUAUAACUUUGACAAGAUUGAGACUCUGAACCAGGACACUCCCUAUGACUACAACUCCGUCAUGCAGUACCACAGAACUGCCUUCUCUGCCAAUGGCCAGCCCACCAUGAUCCCCAUCCCCGACCCCAAUGUGGAGAUCGGCAAGGCCAGGGAGAUGAGCAAGAAUGACAUCCUCAGGCUGAACAGGCUCUACAGGUGCAUCAAGAAAGGAGAAACUCCCGUGUAUGAAUGAUCUGGUAGACAAUUGACACUUGUAUUCAAUGGAGACAAAUAUUUUAUGAAUAAAAACACUUGUCAAU